AAGAUGGCGGCGCCGGGGACGGAGGCGGCGGCGGGGCCGGGCCCGGGCCCGGGGCAGGUGACGAGUAACGGCGCUGCCGGGGGCGGUGAGGCCGAGAGCGCACGGGGACAACAACAGGGACAGCAACAACAACAACAACAACAACAACAACAACAACCGGCACCGAACGCCUGGCAGGUGCUGAAAGGGGUCAUGUUCAGGAUUUUCAUCAUCUGGGCCAUUUCCAGCUGGUUCCGGAGGGGAACGGCGCCGCAGGAGCCGAGCGGGGCCGGGGGCAGCCCCAGGAGCCCCAGCAGGAAUCUGUUCCCUAAGGACACCCUCAUGGAUCUGUACGUUUACAUCUCGGAGCACGAGCACUUCACGGAUUUCAACGUCAGCUCCGCCCUGUUUUGGGAAAAACGGGAUUUGGUUUAUGGGGACUGGAGCAGCGGGGAGAACGCGGACGGCUGCUACGAGCACUCCGGGCAGGUGGAAAUCUCCCAGAGUGUGCAGAGGAACGGCUCCAUCUACGUCCACGUUUACUUCACCAAGAGCGGGUUCCACCCCGACCCCCGGCACAAAAACCUCUACAGGCGCCUGGCCACCGUGCACACCUCCAGGAUGAUCAAUAAAUACAAAAGGAGAAGAUUCCAGAAAACCAAAAAUCUCCUGACGGGAGAGACCGAAGCGGAUCCCGAAAUGAUCAAGAGGGCCGAAGAUUUCGGACCGGUCGAGGUCAUUUCCCACUGGCACCCAAACCUGACCAUCAACAUGGUGGAUGACCACACCCCCUGGGUCAGGGGCAGCGUCCCCCCGCCCCUGGAUCAGUACGUGAAGUUCGACGCUCUGAGCGGGGACUAUUUCCCCAUCCUCUACUUCAACGAUUACUGGAACCUGCAGCGCGAUUAUUUCCCCAUCAACGAGAGCGUGCGGCGCCUGCCGUUCCGCCUGUCCUUCUGCCCGCUGUCGCUGUGGCGCUGGCAGCUCUACGCCGCGCAGAGCUCGCGCUCGCCCUGGAACUUCCUGGGCGAGGAUCUCUACGAGCAAUCCGACGAGGAGCAGGAUUCCGUCAAGGUGGCUCUCCUGGAGACCAACCCCUACCUGCUGGCUCUCACCAUCGUCGUCUCCAUCGUGCACAGCGUCUUCGAGUUCCUCGCCUUCAAAAACGAUAUCCAGUUCUGGAGCAGCCGUCGCUCCCUCGAGGGUCUCUCCGUGCGUUCCGUGGUGUUCGGGGUUUUCCAAUCGCUCGUGGUUCUCCUUUACAUCCUGGACAACGAAACCAACCUGGUGGUGCAGCUCAGCGUUUUCGUGGGGCUGCUCAUCGACCUCUGGAAGAUCACCAAGGUCAUGGACGUGCGGCUGGACCGGGAGCAGAAGGUGGCCGGGAUCUUUCCCCGCGUGAGCGUCCAGGACAAAUCCACCUACGUGGAGUCGUCCACCAAGGUCUACGACGACAUGGCGUUCCGGUACCUGUCGUGGCUGCUCUUCCCUCUCCUGGGCUGCUACGCCGUGUUCUCCCUGCUCUACCUGGAGCACAAGGGUUGGUACUCCUGGGUGCUGGGAAUGCUCUACGGAUUCCUCCUGACCUUCGGGUUCAUCACCAUGACCCCCCAGCUGUUCAUUAAUUACAAGCUGCAGUCCGUGGCUCACCUGCCCUGGCGCAUGCUCACCUACAAAGCCCUGAACACCUUCAUCGACGACCUGUUCGCCUUCGUCAUCAAGAUGCCCAUGAUGUACAGGAUAGGCUGCCUGAGGGACGACGUCGUGUUCUUCAUCUACCUUUACCAGCGCUGGAUUUAUCGCGUCGAUCCCACCCGAAUCAACGAAUUCGGGCUCCCCGGGGAGACCCCGAAACCCCCCCUGGACCCUCCCCCCUCCCCUCCCCCUCCCCCCCCCCAAAAAAAACGAUUAAAAAAAAAAAAAAUGUAAAAAAAAAAAAAAUUUAUUCCGAGAUUUAAAAAAAAAAAAAUAAAAUUAAGGUUUUGUUUUCCUCUCCCCUCCCCCUCCUCUCUCUCUCUCUCUCCUUUCGCGUCGUUCUCGCCACGGGGUUGGAAAAAAAAUGGAAAUGAAAAUUGGAAGAUUGAAAAUGAAAAGAAUAAUAAGGAAAAAGUAAAAAGAUUAAAAAAAAAAAAAAAAGUGAGAAUGAAAAAAUGAAAGUAUGAAAAAAUAGAAAUUGAAAAGUGAAAAGAUUCAAAGAA